UCGGAUGUUCUCAGUCAAAGUACCUAGUAGAAAAUUUAAUUCGUUUUCGUAAAACAAGUGGCCAGGAUGACCUCGACUUGCUGUCGGCUAUGCCUACUCAACGGUUCCGAUCUCCAGCCGAUACUGGAUCUGACGGUCGAGUCAAAUCGAACCAGCGAACCGGUCGCACCAUCCCUGUCCCAACUUAUUGUCCGUUACCUGUCGAUUGAGCCUCUACUUGAAAAUACAAUCACAACCUACGUCUGCUCCGACUGUCGGAACACGAUCGCCAAGUGGCACUGGUUCCGGGAGUCCUGCCUCCAAAAUGAUGGAGUUUACCAGAAGAUGGCCCAAGAUCCGGGAAAGGAUGACGCACCUGACGCACAGCUGGAUGAAUACUACGAGAUUGUGGUGAAACAGGAGCAGGACGAGGUAGAGGUGGAGGAACAAAAGUUCAGCGAGAGCCUGUUCACGGAGCAGCUGGAUGCUAUUCCGAAGGAGAAACCGAAAAAGAAGGGACGUCCCAAAAAGGUUGUGACUCAGAAGAAGUCACAACCUGGUGGAGAACCACCAGUCAAGAAGAAGAUUGGACGGCCUAAACUUCCGGAGGGUGAACGGAAGCCCAUCAGGGCACAAAUGUGUACACUUUGUGGUAAACUUGUUAUGAACAUGGGUUGUCACUUGAAAAUGCACAACCAGGAUAGAUGCUACCAAUGUCCACACUGCCCUAAAACAUUUUACAGCAGUUCAAACUGGAAAAACCACGUCAACAUUCACACCAAGGAAGUAAAAUUCACCUGUCCGGUGUGCGAUAAAUGUUUUUGGCGAAAUGAAACACUUAAGAUGCACAUGAAAUCCCACUCGGAAGAGCGAACCUUCAAGUGUCCGUACUGUCCUAAAGCGUACCGGAUGCGACCUGGACUGGUAAAUCACCGGAAGACCCACACCCAGGCGCCGAAUAUCCAGUGUACUGGAUGUGAGAAAAAGUUUUAUGAUAAAACCCAAAUGGAGAAACACGCCGUGAAGCACCUGGCGGUGAAACCAUAUGCUUGCACCAUUUGCGAGCGUGGAUUCACCAGAAAGUACUAUCUGGCCGCACACAUGGAGAAACAUCAUCCGAAUGGCAAAGAAGAGACGGAAACGAACACAUCGGCGGUGGCUGACGAGAUUGAUGGCGAAGACAUUUUUGACGAUUGAAUCAAAACAUGAUUUUUCUCACAUUAAUCAAGAGGUUAUCUUGCGUGCACAGGUUUACAAAAUUUGCCGAUUUUUGCAAAAAAAAAAAAAUACAAUUCUGGAGCAACACGAGAAA